AUGUCCCCUCCGCUACCUCCUCGACCACCCCUGUCCCUCCCUCCACCCCCUCUAUCUCGGCCUCCUUCGGCACCUCCGGCCCGACCUCCACCUUGGGCAUCCCGGCCUCCUCCGGCUCCUCCUGCCCGACCUCCACCCCCUCCCUCCCGGCCUCCGGCACCGAACCAAAAAACUCAUCGAUUCCUGCGGCCGUUGCCCACCAAUCUCGAGGGACACCAGUCUCCCCGACAUUCCCUCGGACGCCUGCUACAUCGCCUCGAAGUGCUGCAACCUCAGUAUGAAGGUCUCCUAUAUCUCGUCGCAGCACUCCAAUCUCAUCUCGCAAAGCUACUACAUCUGUCGUAA